AUGGACGCUCCUUGUCUGGCGAUUCGCUCGUCCCUCCUCAGACGUUGCCAUGUCUGUCUUUCCGGCUCGCGCAUACCCGAUGCAUCUCGAUUGACCCGACCACGUGCCGUCACUCCAUUCAUUCGCCGCUCCAGCACCCGCAGAUAUGCCACCGUCCAAGACACACAGGCGGGUAAUGUGAGUGACUCGAAAUCUCGUCAGGCGCAUCCACUAUCAGGCUAUUAUUAUGAUAUUUUGUCCACCCGCUCGCCCUACCGACACCACGCAACAACCGAUUCCAAGACGGAAGAGCCCAAGCCGGAGGCGCAAACACCACAGGAAAAGAUGGCCAUUGUCUUCGGCACUCGGUUAGCUGGUCCCGGCCGGUCCUCACGCUACGAUCCCGGUUCCGCACCGGAUACAACGUGGAAAACCAUAAACGGGGUGGCUAUCCCUCCUCGACCGGAAGAGCCCGACAAUUGCUGCAUGAGUGGCUGCGUCCACUGCGUAUGGGACGAUUUUCGAGACGAGCUGGAGGACUGGGCCUUCAGGCUUGAACAAGCCAAGGCGAAGGGUGCGACCAAAAGUAAUGCCUCGGAUAUGCGACAUACUCCACGAGCGGAAGUCAACUCAGCCAGCAUGAGCAUGGAUGACGAUGGUGGUGGCAGUGAGACCAAUUGGUCGGCGCCUACUUCGGACGAUGACUUGUUUGCGAGCAUCCCUGUGGGGAUUCGAGAGUUUAUGAAGACGGAGAAGAAACUGAAGCAACGGCAUCAACAGGAAUCGGCGUGA